UAAUAGUAUUUUUCUUGCAAGCGUACUCUUUUACGCGAGAUGUGUGUAUCAUCAACAGCGUUUUAACAAAAUUACUACCCAGCUUCGCGGUAGCGCUCUGUAUAAAGACCGCCGUCGUAUUCAUUGCGGAAUGUCCUACUUCUUGACCGCCACGCGCCGUUCAAUUUGCACGAUUAUCUAGUCACGGCUGAUACGCUGAAAAGUCAGUACACGCGCGGGAUAGUUUCAAUUUAUAGUAAAGUGACGACAACGACGAUGACGACAAGGCAACAUAUGCCUCCGUUCGCGUUUUAUCUAUGCCGCGCCUGUUGCGACUGAUCCCUCUCUUUAUAUUAGCCCUCUCUUUUUUUUUCACCCUUCACUGCCCUCCUCCCCUCCGCCCCUCGUACGCCUUUCACCUUCUCUUCCGCAUCCCUCCUUUCUCUAUAUGCUUGACGUACGGUUUGAUACAUCCCUGUAGAUUGUGCGGGUUUGAGGGGAGAGCUCUCGCACCCUUCCACCCAAGCCAACCUUCCACCCUCCGAUGCUCGUCCCCCGCAACCCAUCGCCACCGAUGCCGAGUGGAGUCGUGCGCGCGAGUCAGUUACUGAGGUAGUGGCAACCAUAUACCACAGGCCAGCAGCACUCAGUAGCAAUAGUAGUAGCAGUAGCAGCAGCAGCAGCACCCACUUGUCGACUGCUCGACACCACGGCAGUUCAGCACCGGUUCCCUAGCGACUACUUGUGCGAUUGUUGAGUGCUAUCUAAGGGGAAUUAGAAACGCGGCGCCGGCAGCGUGUAUUAAUUAGCGCGACAAUUAAUUGCCGAAGAGCACGAACUACCAAAGCAACUGACCGCACGCGUGCGCGUCGACGUGAUCAGCUGCAGCCUGUUGCAAGCGGCGAAUUAUGACAUCUAAAUUAAGUUUAUAGAAGAAACAAUCUUAUAGUGGAACCCGCUAAGUGCUAGUUUAAUUUGCUUCGGGGAAAACGAUUUUCAUGUGGCUUCUGGAUGCUGUGGUACUUUUCUACAAACGAUAUAUUAAUCAAAUUAAAGAUAAACUGAUCCUACGCGAAGAAAAGAAAAGAAGAGAGAAAGAAAAAAGAAAAGAAAAAGAAAGAGAAGCAAGAAGUGCGUCGCAGACAAAAUAACUUGUAGCAAAAUGGAUGAACCAAUAACACGAAGUGGUAGAUGGGUUUGCCCGAAUGAUCGACAAUUGGCAUUGCGAGCAAAAUUGCGAACAGGAUGGUCUGUAAAAACAGGAUCUUUCGAAUCUCAUUGGGGACAGUAUCCAAAUUCUUAUACGAGCAGUUCCAAUCGUUGCGGACAAUCUUAUUUGCUCACUGAUGAUGAACGGAAAGCUAUUAUCCAGGUGAUACAAAGAGCCGAGGCUCUGGAUCUGUCGGAACAGGAGCGAGUCGGUAGACUCGUUGAGAGGCUGGAGAACAUGAAACGAAACGUGUGCAUCGUAACAUCGACCAGAUCAAACGAGAGACGUAGCUGUGGACGUCGAUGUUCCGGUGGAGCUCGAUGUGUCUGUUCGUGCGCACUUUGCGGCGAAAAGUUCGGCACGGUAUUAGGGGCGAGCGCAAAUCUCUGCAAGGAUUGCCGCAAGUAUAUCUGCCAGAAAUGCGGCAUCGAGGCCACUAGACUUAAUCCAUCGAAAGGAAACGACGACGGAAAUGAUGAAACUACUUCACCGCGCGGUUCGUUACGCGUCAUGAGAUUUGCUCAGGAAAGAACAGGCGUUCAAAGAAUCGUUCAAAGAUCCCAUGGUAAUGCACAAAAGCAAUUUCUCUGCCGAAUUUGCGCCGAGACUAGAGAAAUGUGGAAGAAAAGUGGUGCUUGGUUCUUCAAAGGCAUGCCGAAAUAUAUUCUACCGGAGAAGAAGGAACGAGGAUGGUGUCGACCUGGUCAUAGAACGUCGACAUGGACGAUAGGUGGUCCAUGUAGAUCCGUGGACUCAACCGAUGCUCAGGAUUCCUCAUCCGACGACGAUGUAACACGACGACUCGCAGUAGCCCGCGGUCAUUCUCCUACAAAUCUAUCAAGCAAUCGUGAAAGCACCCCUACCAAGCUGACAAUUUCGAGUCCUGGAACUAGUACUUCAUCACCGAAAAGUCCUCGAGGAAAGCCAAACGGUCUGUCACCUUCGAGCUAUCGCGAAGAUGCAAGUUCCGAUAAGCUGGACAAGUCCUGCCUUUCGAUCGCGUCUCAAUGCAGCCGACUUUCGCCUACGGGCUCAAUCAGCACUCCUCGCUCAAGGGCAAGCGGCAAAAGCCCGAACGAAUUGCAGGUCGAGCAACGCGUGUCCUUCGAAGAUGUUUUCGUAGACGACGAAAAGGCUAAUGAGGCGGACGAUGAUGAGGAAGAAGACACCGAGGAGACUCGCAAAGAUGCUUCCACAUCAUUAGACCGGUCGAAAGGCUCUCAGGUACAAUCUCUCAGACUGAAAGCGCCCACGAUAGCGACGACACCGACUACACCAAUCGAACAGUUCCAGACUAUGGGAAAGAUUCUUCAAGAGAAGAAUGCGGAACGAGACGCGAGCAGGUCCUGUUCGGGCCAGGACAGCUCCUCCAGCACUCGCAGCAACAGUCAAGGCAAGAUGCAAAGAACUCCGGAAUAUCCACGAGAAACGGGACAAGAUUAUGGGAUUCUCGAAGUCUCCUUGCGAUACGACCCGGCAGAUCAGUGCCUCCAAUGCAAAGUGGAACGUGCACGUCGACUAAGACCCAUGGAUAUCCAAGGUCUCGCCGAUCCCUUUUGCAAGCUGAAUAUACUGCCCGUCGGAAAAGCAUCGACGAGCAGACGAUUACGAACAAAGACGGUACACAAGACACGCGAUCCCGAGUUCAACGAGACAGUGAAUUUCUACGGAACAAUGGAAACCGAUAUCUCGACCGGCAAGGCGUUGCACAUCCUAAUUAUCCAGGACGACCCCUCGGGCCAAGACUUCCUGGGAGAAGCGAGAUUUCCCCUACACGAACUGCUACCAUAUCAAACGAAACAUUACAAAACAUCUCUGCAAGCUCAUUAUCCAGUGGACAACGAAGAGGAAACCUGGGGUAUGUGUUCAAGCGGUCGUGGACAGAUCCAGAUAAGCCUGAGCUAUUGCACGCGUCGACGUGCGCUGCUGGUUACCGUGCACCGUGCUACGAAUCUCUUGCCCAUGGACAGCAACGGGUUUUCUGACCCAUUUGUCAAACUGGCACUCGUCGAGGAUGCGACCGACAAUCAUCGGCAGCAACGGUUCCUAGAUUACUCGGCCGCUCGCGCUACUGCCAAAAAGCUGACCGGGAGGAAGACGGCCGGCCGCGGCUCGCAGAGCACGAGCAUCAAGAGGAAGACAUUGAAUCCAGAGUGGAACGAAGAGUUCGUUUUCGCGACUCGGUUGACGGAAUUAAUGAAGUUGACACUAUGCCUGACCGUGUGGGAUAAGGACUUCGGCAAGAGUAACGACUAUCUGGGCGGCCUUAUGUUAGGUUGCGGUAGCAAAGGGGCACGCCUUCGACAUUGGAUAGACGCGAUCAAAUUCCCAGAUCAUCGACAUUUGGCAUGGCACAAUCUCGCGGAGAUGGACGUACCUAUGGAAUAAUUCUGUCUCGAUAAUCGGAAAGCAGAUCAAGAUUAAAUACACAAAUCAUGCGGGCUUUAUCCACGUAUCAUAUAUACUUACACGGGCAUACGUGUAUAGUAUACUUGGCGCGCGUGUCACUAUUUUAUGCGUGUAAUUUAUCGUUGCUCAAAGAUUAAGUAUUAUAAAGCAUUAAGAGGUUAAUACGAAAAUAAAGAAGUUGAGAACAGUGUCAUAA